AUGUGCAAAUACGCCACGUAUCCACGAACUUGCGCUCAUGCGCAGGCCUACUGGCGGCGUGAAAAGGUUGAGGAAGCGCCGGACUCGGCACGCGCGGCGGCGGCGCUUGGCCUGCUGCGGGAAGUUGGUCUGUCAGACGCUGAGCUGCCGCGCGUGGUCAAGGCGUUUCCCGAGGUGAUUGGUUGCAGCGUCGACGCCCUCAAGGGGAACCUGGCAAAGCUCCAGCAGGACUGGAAGCUGGAGGGGCAGGUGCUGGCCAAGGCGGUGGCGCGGCAGCCGGCGGUGCUAGGCUACACGAUUGACUGCAUGGGAGACUGCGCUGGCGAGUGCAACAGGUGCUGGGCGCGCUUCUAG